CGAAGAAAGUCCUGCCUCCUGCGUCCCAACAUAAAGCCCUACCUCAUGCGUCCUUCCCAAUCAAAAGACCAAAACCUCACUUCAUCGGAAAAACCAAAUGCCCGAGUGAGGAGCGGCCGGCGAUUCCCAAGUAUUCACCGUUUUCCUGAUUAGGAGAAGCAGAGAAAUCAUUGAACCACUACAAACAGUCGGAAUCUGGAGCCAACUUUAACGAGAUUUCUCUAGCUGAAACUCUCCAAACCCACCUCAAUCAGUGCACCAAAGCUCGGAAGCUAGCGGACUGGCAGACUUUUGUUAAACGCGUUCCCCCAGGUUGGUCCUGAUCCUCGCAUACAAUGAGAUUAGAAAAGUGCUGGUUUUGUUCAUCCACUGUUUACCCUGGUCAUGGUAUUCAGUUUGUACGCAAUGAUGCAAAGAUUUUCCGGUUUUGUAGGUCAAAAUGUCACAAGAACUUCAAAAUGAAGAGGAAUCCUCGCAAAGUAAAAUGGACAAAAGCAUACAGGCGGUUGCAUGCGAAGGAUAUGACGCAGGAUUCAACAUUCGAGUUUGAGAGGAAGAGAAACAGGCCUGAGAGAUAUGACAGGAAUCUCACUGAGAACACCUUAAAGGCUAUUAAAAAGAUUGAUAAAGUCAGAGUGGAUAGAGAGGCCAGACAUCAUGCCAUGAGGAUGAAGGGAAAGAAAGCCAAGGUGCAGAGAGAGGCUGCAAAGGAGUUGGAGCAGAGCAUCCACAUGGUCAAGGCUCCUGCUGUACUUCGAGAGGACUCAUCAUUCACACUUCCAAAGAUCAAGGUCAAGGCUUCCCAUCAGCAGGCCGAGGAGAAUCAUCCCAUGGAAGAGUGAUUUUAGUAAUAUCUAUAUUGCUUUUGCAGUUCAAGAUGGUUAAAAAGUGGGCUUUUGGUGGGGGCAAAUGGGCCAUUCCAAUUUUGAUUGUACAAGGAAACACUAAUCAUUGUUCUUUUCUUUUCUGAAGAGAUAGAUGGUUUUGCUUGCUUGUUGUCAUUUAUUUUCUGAGGCUUUGUGUGGAAUACCUGCAUAAACAAGUUUUGCUUUGGGGUUUUCCCCCGAUAAAGGAGUCAGUUCAGCUUA